UUAAAAAAAAGAUACGUAGCAUCUUACACGGCCCAAGGCACCCCUCCAUUGUGCCCGUCCAUAUCGGGAUCACACCGCAUGUUCGGGCUAUGCAAAGGUGUGAAACUGCUUGAGAGUUUAAACACCCCGCAAAAGACUGCAGGAGAGCCGGAGAGUAGCAGUCCCGAGAGUAGCAACCCCCGCACACUGCGUUCUACCAGAGGCUGGAGGGUAAAAUAACGCUGGCGCUCAGGAGGGCAUCGUACCACGCAAGCGACGGGCUUCAUAAAAGUUUAGAUGUUUUUCAUCAGGACGAACGCUUUAUGGACAAACGGCAGAGGGCUGCUUAAGUUAUAAAGUAUCUUUGACAGCCGGCUGACUUUUCGGCGCCCCGGGAAGCGGAGAAACCCCCGACUUAAACAGUACAGGCCGGGAUAAAUGGUUAUUGCUGCCGACUGUACAAGAACAAUGACCAGCGGUUCCAGUGGCUUUUUGCUAGUUCCCAUACCGGAAUAUCCCGCGUUGGACCCCCAACCUUAUAAAAACAUCAAGAUCGUUGUUUUGGGCGCAAGUAAUGUCGGAAAAACAGCACUGAUAGUAAGAUUUCUGACAAAGAGAUUCAUUGGGGAUUAUGAAGCAAACACAGGGGCUCUGUAUUCAAGGACUGUGAAUAUAGAUGGAGAACAAAUGUCUCUACAAGUUCAAGACACCCCUUGUGUAUCUCUGCAGCAGGUCGACGGGGAAGGCCUUAUCUGUCAGGAGCAGAUCAGUCACUCCGUCUGCUGGGCGGACGGCUACAUGCUGGUGUUCUCCAUCACAGACGACAGCAGCUACCGCACCAUCCAUCCUCUCUACCAGCUCGUGCGUCGCAUUCACCCCAACGGCAACAUUCCCAUCGUCCUCGUGGGUAACAAGAGCGACCUGCUGCGUGCCAGGCAGGUGGCGGUGGAGGAUGGCGAGACGCUGGCGGCGGAGCUGGGGGGCGCGUACUUCGAGGCCUCAGCCAGGGAGAACCAUGAAGGGGUGCGUGAAGCCUUCCUGCACCUGUGCCAGGAGAUAAGCCGGACUUUGCGAGGCGCCAAUGGGGAGAAGCGGCGGGCAGGUCUUCACCAGGGCAGGCCCAGGUCGCCCAACAUGCAGGAACUUAAGAGGAGGUUCAGGCAGGCUCUCUCCUCCAAGGUCAAGUCUGCUUCUGUUCUGUGAGGUACAGCAGACACCCCCGAGAGACACACCAACACGGGACAAACUUCCAAGUGCCCCAUCAGCGGGUGGCUUAGGGCACAUCUGGCGGAGCAACACACCAAGGAGUCCCUCAGGAAGAAAGAUUCCUAUUCCACUUGUUUUAAUCUAACUUCUCAUCCAUCAAAAGGAGGAAAUCCCACCAGCUAUGGUUCCUGUUAGCAAUCAGUAACCUUUGAUUAUGCAUUAUUUAUCUGUCGAGGUACCCAAAGAUCAUUACUAAAAGGAUAUUUAUUGAAAGGUAUAUUAAAAGCUUAUUCCAGCCCCAAAGUAUUUAAUUAUACCCAUACAUCUGUUGUUCAACAAAAUCUCGUUGAUGGUCAUUUACAAGCAAUAUGCAUGUACUGAGGUAUAGUUAAUUAUAAGUGUAGCUAUAUUUGAGAAUAAAAAUGGUAGCAACGGAUAUAUUCAUCAUCGACAAACAUGUUUAUCAGAAUCAGGAUUAAUGUUUCCCUGGAACAAAGAUACAAAAGAAUUUAUGAUGAUAACGUAAUUCCAAUAAAUCAUCUGUGUAUUGCUUAUAAUGUCAUCUUUCUGUGUCCCGGUGCACUGUCCCUGGGCUUAACUUCCUCCUCAAGAUCAGCCUUCAGAUCUGCUGCCAGGAGAAUUACUCUCUCUUAGUCCCGACUUCAGUCUCCCUCCAGAAGUACAGACAUUGAUAAGUGACAGAAACGUCACAGUUUUCAGUCCUUGGCUGCUCACCUGUUUCAUUUAGAUCCUCUCAUAAACGUUUCUUCUUUAUUUUCCUUCCUGUUAGAGCUUCCAGUGCAGCUUGAUGGUUUUUUUUUGAGAAAAAUUUGUAGUCUGAAGAAGCUGACCGGCUGCAAUGAAGAAGUCAGCCAAAGCUUGCAGUCUUGAUUAUAGGGAAACUGAACUUUUUUAUAUAACAUUCACCGUCUUUGAUCCAGUAGGAAUGUACAUGCACUAUAUUGCCAAAAGUAUUUUGACACCCUGGCAAAUCAUUGAAUUCAGCUGUUCCAAUCGCUUCCA